AUGUUCCAUCUUCGGAGUAUCCUCGUACUUCUCUUCCUGGCUCUUUCUUCGGCCACUGCUCGUCUUCAGGUCAAGCGUCAAAGCCAAGUGCCGAACGUUCCAGAGUUACGAACCAACGCUGCUCGGUUGUCUGCAGGCCUCACCCCUCUCCCACCCGUCAGGAGAGAUCCCACACGCGUCCAAGAGAAGCGAACUCGCACUUCAAGUUCUCCUGGUUGCGAGGACCACGAUCAAGAGUACAUCAAGGUGUACCGUAAGAGCAGCGGAAACCUCAUCGGCUACCUCAAGCAAGACACCGUCUCCGGAUCUAUCAAAGCAUAUGGUAUCACGAGCAGCAAGAACAGCGCCAUGCGCAUCACAUUCUCGAGCACUCCUUCAAAUCCCUUCGAUGUGUCCAUUACCAGCUCUAGCACAUACCCUUACCUCGGCUUCGCUGGCAAUGACCUGACGGGGGGUAGCUCCAUCGCAAACGCUUUGGUUGCCACAAAGUAUAUCAAUGCCAACUCCGUUGCUAGCACCGUAGGAAACUCCUAUAGCUCAUCAUUCCCCAAGUCGGAGUCCUCCAUCUGGGCCUACAACACUGGAACCAAGGAGCUUACCCCUCAAUGGGUCAACUCCAACGGAGGCAAGGCUCCUACAUAUCUCGUUUACGACCCCAACGGUUCUGGCUACAUUCAGAUCACUGGCGACGUAGCGAAAUUCCAGAGCGCCCAUCCCGCGGCCUAUGUCGUUCAAUUUUUCGUCUUUACAAACUAACCUUGGAAAUCUGUCUCGAGCCAGAGUCCCAAGGCCUCAAACCACCUGGCGUGUCGAACAACACACUAUCUCCAACCCUCCUACCCCACAAUACGAAUUAUCACACACCCCGUGUUCGGACAUCAUACUCACACUAAUUUUAACAGCGUUUUUCCGUAUGAUAUAAGUAUGCACAUUCCGCCCGCUCUUUUUCCCCGAAUGGACACAUUCCCUUGGACUAUACUACACACGUGCUCGUGUAUUCCCUCUCAUUUCUUGACCUUAUGGACUGCAUAUACAUACGAAAUUUACGCAGACUCAAUUUUUACGCUCGGACAAGUAUGUCGUUCCGACGGUGGGACACUUCAAUCUACUCUUUAGUUAAUUUCAAUUGGACAACUUGAUAUA